AAAAGCCAGAACGAGGCAAGUAAUACACGUGUUUAUCAAGCUGAAAGUCCUCCGUGAAGCUAUCCGCCGAGAGGACCAAACAUUCCCUUUCAACUCAAAUCAACGACAUAAAAGUAAUUGAUAAUGGCGACUGUAGAGGAAGUUAAUCCCAAAGCUUAUCCACUGGCUGAUCCACAGUUAACAAAAGAGAUUCUUGAUUUAGUUCAACAAGCUUCAAACUAUAAACAGCUGAGAAAAGGUGCUAAUGAAGCAACUAAAACACUGAAUCGUGGUAUAGCAGAGUUUAUUGUCAUGGCGGCAGACACAGAGCCAUUGGAAAUCUUGUUGCAUCUGCCUCUAUUAUGUGAGGAUAAAAAUGUACCCUACGUUUUUGUAAGAUCCAAGCAAGCUCUGGGCCGUGCAUGUGGUGUAUCUCGUCCGGUCAUUGCUUGCUCCGUCACUAUAAACGAAGGAUCACAGCUCAAACCUCAGAUACAAGCAAUACAGCAGAACAUUGAGAGACUGCUUAUUUGAGAGUCCCUAUUUAUUCAAAAAGAGAAAAAAAAUACAUUUAUGUAUAUCUCAAUUCCAGGCUUAAAUUUUUUUUUAAAUUCUGUUUCUUUUAAUUUUACAUCAUAUUGUUGCUAAUACCAUUUGUGAUUUUUUUUCCCCAUGAGUAUUACAUCUUGCCUCCCCAUGUAUUUGAAUUUACAAACUGUUCUCAAAUAAAAACACAAUUCUAGAAAAUGGACUAGAAGUUAAAAAGCAUCAGUUAAAAUGCUUCUACUGGUGUGUCAAUACCAACAAAUUUAAAUUUAUUUUUUCACAAUUUAAUGAUUUUUCAAUAUCAAGAGCAUGAAAUUGUGAAUUUAAAAUUUGUGGACAGGCAGAAAUGUAAUUUGUAUUUUUUUGGAAGAGUGGAGUGAACUUUGGGUGGCUGCUCUACUGUUGAAACAACAAAUUGUUUUCAAGAAUUGACACCACCACACCCAACAAAACUUAUUCUUUUAUCAUUUUGAUCAUGUUCCUUUGACCAAAAAAAAAUAUUUUUCUGCAUUUUAAUUAAACUGAGAAGUAUUAAAAAUUCUAAGUUUACACAAUGAAUAAAUGAUCAACAUUCAUUAAACUCUUUUGUACUUGUCACAGAUAAUUGUAAUCAUGAUUGUAAUGUUUUGAAAUAAACUAUGAUAAACAGAAA